AUGGAUGGAGAUAAUAAAGAGGAAGCACUGCAACAAAUUACUUUUUUCAUUGUUAAAUAUUUAGAAAGUAAAAUUGGUAUUUGCAAUGUGAAAUUACAGCAACGUCCUCCAGUUACAAUUGAUGAUCUUUUGUCUUGGGAGCAGAAAAAUUCUUGUUUACUUCCAAAUGACUUGAAAAAUUUUUAUCUCUGCUGUAAUGGCAUGAAACUAACCUGGUCAGUCAAGAUGGACAGUUCUACAGUUCUGCCUUUGGGUUUAAUCUAUUUGCACUCACUGAACCAAAUCAAGCAAAUUGACCAUAAAUUCUACAUCUAUCAAGAAAAAAUUGUGCCUUUUAAUUCAGAUUCAGAAUCAGAUGAUGAUAGUCAAGGCCCAAAUCAACCUUCCUUCCAUCCAUCUUGUCGAAUAUUUGAGCUAGACCCUUGUGAAGAGCUGGGUAAAGUUUGUCUUGUUUUCAGAGAUUGUCAUUUGGGUUGCAGUAAUAUGAAAACAGAAAUAUGGUUUUUGGAUCGAUCACUUCGUUGGCAUUUCCUUGUACCAACAUUUACUUCUUAUUAUAGACUUAUGUUGCUCUAUCUUGGCCUGCCUCAAUGGCAAUAUAUCUUUACUGACAUUGGAUUAUCUAUGCAGGUUAAGCAAUGGUUUAAUUUGUAUGUACCGAGUCGAGUACAAAUGGAAGAGACAUACAACCGAUUACGAGGCCCAGAAGAUAAUGAAAUAGUUGAUGCUUUGGAUCUUCAGAUUUUGACUUUCAAUCAACUUGAUGUUCAAAAAGUAUUCAAAGGAAAAGGAGAUAAAAAGAAGCCCCCGUUGCCUCAGCAAGUCAAUCAAACAAUUAAGAAGAAGACAGCUCAAUCGAGACAAACAGGUUUGAGUGCCUCCAGGUUUGCUUCUAACUCUCAAGCUACAACUUUCAAGAGUGGCAACAGAUGA